AUGUUGCAGCUCUGGGAAAUCAGGGAGGAGUGGAUCUCAGCCUAUUUCAAGAACGUCUUCUGCGCAAGAAUGACAUCUACUCAGCGCUCAGAAAGCAUGAAUGCAUCCCUAAAGCGUAGUCUGUUAAAUGAGAAGCUUAGUCUGAACCGUUUUGCAGAACAAGUUACCAAACUAAUAUUCCAAAGGAGACAGGCAGAAAAUUUAAAGACAUAUGCAAUACAUUCAAAAACAAAUAAGAGAACCCAUUAUGGAUUUGAGCAUCAAUUCCAGCAACUUUAUACGAAGACUGUUUUCAAAGAGUACCAGGCUCUGCUGAAGAAAAGCACACUCUUCCGCAUAAAACCAAACCCAGACUACCCUGAACUUGAUGAGUACAAUUAUCUGGACUGUUCCGCCUACAUGUUUUAUGCCUGCUUGGACCACUCGAGGGUUGAUAGCAUUCCGAUCAGUUACAUACUAAGGAGGUACACUAAUGGAGUGCGACAUAGAGGAACUUUUGAUAGGAGAGAUUACAAGACACAAGCUUCUGAUGGAACCUCGUAUCUAUACCAGCAGAAUGAAGUACUACAGCUGGCUAUGAAAGUUGUUAGGAAAGCAACAUGCUCAGAAGAACAAUGGGCAAGAACAAAAGUUGGUCUGCAAUCACUGUAUGACGAACUUGAUGCAAUGGGUUCGUCAACACCAGAUAAUGAUGAAGAUGGUUCAGGCCAGUGCCCAGAUAUUGAUGAGUUUGAGCCUGAAGAAACUCACUUUUGGACAGAAAACCAACAGACAUAUCCUGAUUGUCCUAACCAGCAAGAUAAUCAGCCUGACAACGAUGGUAACAGUAUGCCGCAGAGGGUUAUACUACCACCACCUAAGUCCAAAACUAAAGGAAGCAGUAAUAAGGAACCUGGUGGCUCUAAACCUCCAGGAGCUAUGAAGAAAAAGGUGCAGAAGACUGUGAAGAGGGAAGGGAAGAACACUUGCAGUAACAAACAAAAGGGAAGUUCAUGA